CUUCUGAGACUUCCGGUGUGAACCAGAAUACCGCUGCGCGUAUUUCAGGCGGUGGAGAGUGGAUGCUGAUGGGGGACGAAAAGGACACCUGGAAAGUAAAAACACUUGACGAAAUCCUACAAGAGAAGAAACGCCGAAGAGAAUUAGAAGAGAGGACAGACCCCAAGCGCCAGAAAAAUUUCACCCAGGGCCCUGUUCCACAGGCGGAUGAUCGGGAAGCCAAACGAGACACUCCGGAGGAAGGAGAACUACGGGAUCAAAAAAUGGAAAUAACAAUUCGUAAUUCCCCGUACACACGGGAAGACUCAACAGAAGACAGGGGAGACGAAGAUGAUUCACUUGCAAUCAAGCCCCCACAACAAAUAGCAAGAAAAGACAAAUCUCACCACAGAAAGGAGGAGAAAAGAAAAGAUAAAAGACGUCAUCGCAGUCAAUCUGCUGAAGGAGCAGGGAAACAUGUACGACCCAAAGACAAAGAAAAAGAGCGAGAGAGCGAACGCAGGAAGCGUCAAUGGGAAGAAGACAAAGCCCGGCGAGACUGGGAGAGGCAAAAACGGAGGGAACAGGCCAGAGCUCAUUCACGCAGAGAGAGACCUCGAUUGGACUCUCCUGGGUUUUUUUUGGACCACAGGGACCGGCUGGAACAGCUCGAGCGCCAGCGCGAACGGGACCGUAAGCUCCGUGAACAGCAGAAAGAGCAACGAGAACUGAAGGAUCGGGAGAGGAGAGCCGAGGAGCGACGCAAAGAGCGAGGUGGCCGACGAGAAGUGCCUUCUCAUCAUCGGAUGUUACCCGAAGAGUAUGACGAUAAGUCAAAACUAAGUCACCGCAGCCGGAGUCCCCCUUCUGUUCCCCGGGACCGAGGUGAACAGAGUGAACCACGGAAAAGUGCGCCAUCAAAGGAGGAGAAGCCAGAGGGCAAAGAUCUGCUCACAGACCUGCAGGACAUCAGUGACAGUGAGAGAAAGACCAGCUCUGCAGAGUCCUCCGUCGCAUCUGGAUCUGGAUCUGACGAGGAAGAGGAUGAUGAUGAUGAAGAGGAGUCCAGCAGCCAGAGUGAGGGUGAAGAGGAGGAAGGGGAGGAGGAGUCUGUAUCCGGCUCUGGGAGGUCUGAGCAGAGUGCAGAGGACGUGAGUGAAGACGAGCAGUCAGAGGAAGACUUUGAAGAGGAGAGGGAAAAUGGAAAUCACAUCCCUGCAGUGCCAGAGUCUCGGUUUGAUCAUGACUCUGAGGAGAGCGGUGAAGACAUGGGGGAGGAGGAAGAGGAGGAGGAGGAGGAAGCAGGAGAGAAUGACCCCACACCACAGUCUCAGACUCAUUCUCGCUCCCCGACCCCUGAAGAGAACUACAUCCCUGACUCGCCCCCCAUUUCACCUGUGGAGCUGAAGAAGGAGCUGCCCAAAUACCUGCCUGCUCUACAGGGUUGUCGCAGUGUUGAGGAAUUCCAGUGUUUGAACCGAAUCGAGGAGGGAACUUACGGUGUGGUCUACAGAGCCAAGGACAAAAAGACAGAUGAAAUUGUGGCCCUGAAGAGGUUAAAGAUGGAGAAGGAGAAGGAGGGCUUCCCCAUCACCUCUCUAAGAGAAAUCAAUACAAUCCUAAAAGCUCAGCACCCGAACAUCGUCACAGUCAGGGAAAUAGUUGUCGGAAGUAACAUGGACAAGAUCUACAUUGUGAUGAACUAUGUAGAACAUGACCUGAAGAGUCUGAUGGAAACCAUGAAGCAGCCUUUCCUGCCAGGGGAAGUCAAGACUUUGAUGAUUCAGCUUCUUCGAGGCGUCCGACAUCUCCACGACAACUGGAUUCUCCACCGUGAUCUGAAGACGUCCAAUCUGCUGCUGAGCCACAAGGGGAUCCUCAAGAUUGGUGACUUUGGUUUGGCCCGGGAGUACGGUUCCCCCCUGAAGCCCUACACCCCCGUGGUGGUGACCCUGUGGUACCGAUCACCCGAGCUGCUGCUUGGAGCCAAGGAGUACUCCACAGCUGUGGACAUGUGGUCAGUGGGCUGCAUAUUUGGGGAGCUCCUCACCCAGAAACCACUUUUCCCUGGAAAAUCAGAAAUUGACCAAAUCAACAAGAUUUUCAAGGAUCUGGGGUCACCCAGUGAGAAGAUCUGGCCCGGCUACAACGAGUUGCCCGCUGUGAAGAAGAUGACUUUCACAGAGUAUCCCUACAACAACCUGCGAAAGCGCUUUGGAGCACUCCUCUCAGACCAAGGCUUUGACCUCAUGAACAAAUUCCUCACCUACUGUCCCAGUAAGAGGAUUUUAUCAGACGAGGCGCUCAAGCACGAGUACCUCCGCGAGACGCCACUGCCCAUCGAACCGUCCAUGUUCCCCACCUGGCCAGCCAAGAGCGAGCAGCAGAGGGUGAAGAGAGGCACCAGUCCUCGUCCACCCGAGGGAGGCCUGGGCUACAGUCAGCUGGGCGAUGAUGACCUCAAGGACACAGGCUUUCAUCUGACAACCAGCAACCAGGGAGCGUCUGCAGUCGGUCCAGGAUUCAGCCUUAAAUUCUGAGUCCAAACACAGCAGGACGCUUCGCUGUCCAACUGAGGAGAGGAGCAAAAAGUUCUAGGACUACUUUUGGAACUGGACUGUCUCUGGUUUGCGACAUUAAACCAGAUCAUUCUCUAAAAAACUUAACACCAAACAGGACUGUUUCGCAGCAAGACUGGUGACAACAAACAUUUUGAGACUUUUCCCGUAAACCUCACUACUUCUUCUCUUAUAUGUUUUCUUCAAGCAUUCAAGAUUUUAAAUGUUAGCUAACGAAGAGGAGAUGCACAGAACCAUAAAUCUGUUGGAGGUUGAGCUCUGUUUUUUCUUUAUAAUUUCACCGUGUACACUUCAUGAGAGGACCAGAUUUUCUAAAUGGUUGGUAUUUCCUGGCUGCCUGAGCUACUGUAUAAUGAUGCAGCACUGGCUGUGUGCUCCUUCCAGCAUUAUGUCAGAAAGUUACUUUGGGCUGUCAGGUCACUUCAUGAAAGGAGGAAACUGUUUUUGCUAGAAAUAAAGUUUGAAACUUUG